AUGGUAAAGAUUAAAUCAGUUUCUAUUAUCUUUUUUGUUCUUGUUCUAGCAGUGUCCAUUAGUAUCCAGCUGGAAAAUAACAAAGAAUGUGGCAAACCAAUUGAUGAAUGUGGCAACGCUUUAAAAUGUUCUAGUUGUGAUUACUUGUCGUGUCCAGCUGGCUCACAUUGUCAAAUGAAGGAUGGAAAAGCUAGUUGUCGUAGGGAUGAUCCACCUCCACCUCCACCUCCUCCACCUCCAGUUUUGACAUGUGACGAUGUUAAAUGUGAACCUGGAGAGAUAUGCAUUGAAAUGGAAAGAGGUCCACUUUGUAUUCCAAACACUCCUCCAACAUCUGUUAGUCCAACUAGUGCAACCACCACUACUACUGGAUCUUUAACAACCACAUCCAUGACAACUGGUGUCUUGCCAACCACUUCUACUAUAACUACCACUUCGGCCUUUCCAACUACCACUACCAUGACAACCGGUGAUGUAUCAACUACUACAUCCAUGACCACUGGUGAUAUAUCUACUACCACCUCCAUGACAACUGGUGAUAUAUCAACUACAACCACUGACAUCCCAACUACUACCGAUAUAUCAACUACAACUGAUAUAUCAACAACAACUGAUAUAUCUACCACAUCAACAACAUCAGUAGAUCCAAGAUGUGAUGGUACAUUGUUUGCUACACAUAGAGUAGACUCUGUGACCACUAUGGUUUCAAUCAGUCCCCUUGAUUUACAGAGUACUGUGGUUAGAUUGUACCCUGACCGUGGUAUGGAUGCAAUGUCAUUCUAUCCCAAUGAAACAGUGAUCUAUGGAAUCCAAAAUGUUGAUCUAACAUCCUACAAUGCUCAAUCCAUCGUAGUAAUAGAUCCAAUAACAUACGAUGUCAUUGAAGAUCUUGGUGACCCAAGUGGUGUACUCUUUGGAACUGAAUGGUUAGUUGGAGCAGUUACUAGAGAUGGUAUCUAUGUAUUGGCAGAUAUAUAUAAUCAAAUUGUAGAGAUCGAUAUUACACAGAGACCACCUGUAUACAUUAGAUCGGUUACAAACAAUAUUCUAAAUUCGUUUGGUUGGUCGUCAUCGCCAAUCAUCGAAUCAGAUGGCAAGACUAUGAUCUAUGGAUACUCUGCAUACCUAGCAUCGGUCACUGUGUAUGAUGUUACAACGGGUCUGUCCAAGGUGUUGUUCCCAGUUCCCUUGGUUGGAAACACUCCAUGUAGUACAACCUUCCACGAGCGACCAUUCACCGAUCUCAUCAUGCUCUGUCACCACAGUAACUCUUUGCAAACACUCUACACCAUCAACCUUGAAACACAAGUAGCUACAAGACAAGGUGACGUUACUCCAUAUCCAGGUGCAAUGGAUUUAUUCUCAUGUCACCAAUGGAUUUUGGGAAGUGAGCUUGGUAUCAGUUGGUGGAAUUAG